GACUAGAAUUCAGAUAAAGGUCUUAUUAUCUGGACCCAACACUUUUACUGCAAAGUAUAUGAAUUGAAGAGUAUAUAACGUUGAUAUCCCAUGAUGAUAUAUCAUGUUCAUUUAGCUACUCCUGGAACUAUACCUACUACUGCAAGUAGCCCGACAACCACACGCACUGAAAAUAAGGCUGAAAAAGGAGUGCGGUCGUCAAUCAAAAAACCGAGUACAAAACCUCUACACAAAAUAGCUACUCCUGGAACUAUACCUACUGCAAGUAGCCCGACAACCACACGCACUGAAAAUAAGGCUGAAAAAGGAGUGCGGUCGUCAAUCAAAAAACCGAGUACAAAACCUCUACACAAAAUAGCUACUCCUGGAACUAUACCUACUGCAAGUAGCCCGACAACCACACGCACUGAAAAUAAGGCUGAAAAAGGAGUGCGGUCGUCAAUAAAAAAACCGAGUACAAAACCUCUACACAAAAUAGCUACUCAUGAAACUACUACAGGUACUGAAAACAUGACUGAAAAAAGAACACGGUGGCCCAUCGAAUCAACAACUCUACACAUAAAAGCUGCAAAAGGUGUGUCGCCAACACCGAGAAAAAUGACUAUGCUACCCAAAACAAAGCCGUCCGGUUUAGAAGACAUAUGCAAAACCCGACCUAAGGAUGAGUUUCACCUGCCUUAUCCCCCAGAUCCGUCCAAGUUUGUCCAGUGUGAUAUUACCGGACGAGCUUACCUCAGGUCCUGUGGCGACUUGACUGUUUGGGAUAAUACCUUCAAAGCGUGCGUCGGCAAACAAAUGUUUUAGAGGACAGUGUUCUUGACUUGGAUAUCUUGUCAAUGACGACAUAAAACUGAUAUAGCUUAUCAUUUGAUCGUUGUGUAUCUAUGUCCUUUUAUCCAAUAAAAAACUGACACUGACGAAAAA